AUGAGAGUUGGUAUCCAUACGGGCAGAGUAUUAGCGGGGGUGGUCGGACGCAAGAUGCCCCGCUACUGUCUCUUUGGUAACAACGUGACGAUAGCCAACAAGUUCGAGUCUGGAAGCGAACCACUCAGAAUCCACAUCAGCCCUACAACCUUCGA